AAAUCACAUGGCAUUUAGACAAGUAGCUGAACAAUUGGAUUCUACCCUACUGUGGUGAAGUUAUCAAUGCCACUGUGAGUUUGUUAAUGCUCAAGCCACCAAAUGCGCUGUCUAUUAAACACAGUACAACUCCAUUAUUGCAGUUGUCAUACAACAUGAGCCUGUUUAUUGCUUUGCUGAUCAGCACUCAAUUCUUCCAGCUCUCCCUUUCAGCCUCUUACAGAGCCCUUUCCUGCAAUGAGGCAAGGGUAGUGAAAGCAGCAGAUCUAGCUGUGGAACACAUCAAUGCUGACCAGCCAGGAGGAUACAAGUACACGCUAAACAAAAUUGAAAAUGCCCAGGAAGUCAGAGGGAAGCAAGGUGUAUCCUCUGCUUAUUUAGAGUUUGAGGUAUUGGAGACUACAUGCCACUCACUGAACCCAAAACCUGUGGCAGAAUGUGAAGUACGAUCAGGAUCUGAGGCGAUUUCUGGCGACUGUAAAGUCCAAUUACAAAUCAACCCAACAACGCGACUUGUUCGGAUUCACAGAUACCGAUGUUUAAUAUCACCAGACUCAGAUGACGUGGUUUUGAGCAGAUGCCCAAGUUGCCCACAUCGCAUACCAUUAAACCAUUCGGAUGUCAAUCCAGCUGCCAUGACAGCAUUGCAAAAAUAUAACAGAAACAGCAACACAACAAAUUAUUUUGCAGUCCAGGAAAUAACAAGAGCAGCCUCUCAGGCUUUGGCUGGGAAGAAAGUUUUUGUUGAAUUUACAAUCCAAGAAACUGCAUGUCCUAAAGCUUCCAAGCUUCAAGAUUGUCCAAGGCGUAGAGGAGAACUUACUUCUGGCAGCAAAGGCUUCUGCGCAGCCUCUGUGUAUAAACCUAUUUCUGGGAAGGAGACAGUCAAAGUGAAUUGUGAGCUCUACAGACCAAAGGUGGCGGUCAGUCCAGCUAAAGUUGUGGGAGCAGGUGCUAUUAAACAAAGAAACAUUGAGAGAAAAGGACAACGAAAUAAAAGACAGUCCAAUCCUGAGCAACAACAUCGCAUUAAACAGCUGAAACCACAAAGUGGAACUCCUAAGAGAAUUGAAUCGUCUGAGGAAGUGCAAGGAGCACUUGGUUUUGUUAUUGGCACAGGACGUGGAACAAACUUUCCAAUGCUGCCUGCACCUCGAAGUACUUGUCCCGGGAGGGCCAGGCACUUUGUAGGAACUGUUCGCCUUAUCUGAGCAGGCUGUAAAAUACAUCCAUCCAGCAAGGAGAUCUCCUGGAGGCAGAAAACCAAUAUUUAAAAAAAAAUUAGAGAGUAAGUUAUAUUGAGAAUAAAGAAUACCCACCUUUAAAAGCUGUGUAUAAUUGAUUCAGAUAAAAAUAAACAAUGAAACACCCUUCAAUAAAUUGUUCGCUUUUAUAAUUCAA